CAGCGGGAGUCGACAGCGGGAGAAGCACGCGUCCUAACGUCAAAAUAAAAUCAUAUUUUUUAUAAAAACACAAUGGUGAAGGUCGACAUCAAAUAUACUAAGUUGUUCAUCAACAACGAAUGGGUAGACUCUGUCAGCAAGAAGACGUUCCCCACCAUCAACCCUCAGGAUGAGACCGUCAUCACUCAGGUUGCCGAAGGAGACAAGGCCGAUGUGGACUUAGCCGUAGCUGCUGCAAAGAAGGCUUUCCAUCGCUAUUCCGAAUGGCGCUUAAUGGAUGCAUCCCAUCGAGGUCGCCUCCUGUAUAAGUUAGCAGACCUUAUGGAGAGAGACGCUAAAUACUUGAGUGAAUUAGAGACCCUGGAUUGUGGUAAACCUGUGAAGCAAGCUGAAGCAGAAAUUAUUUGGGCAGCAAAUAUCGUCAGGUUCUACGCUGGCAAAGCUGAUAAGAUUACAGGCAACACUAUUCCUGCGGAUGGAGAGGUGUUAACAUACACUUUGAAAGAGCCGGUUGGCGUGUGUGGACUUAUACUGCCAUGGAAUUACCCGAUUCCCUUGUUGACAUUCAAGAUCAGUCCCGCUUUAGCAGCUGGAUGUACUGUGGUCGUAAAGCCUGCAGAACAGACUCCACUUACUGCUUUGGCUAUGGCUGCCCUAGUGAAAGAAGCUGGCGUCCCUCCAGGAGUACUGAACAUCGUCAACGGAUAUGGCCCAACUGCUGGAGCUGCUAUUGCUAAGCACCCUGAUGUCGACAAAAUCUCUUUCACUGGAUCCACUGAGGUGGGCCGUCUUAUAAUGAAUGUGGCGGCUGCUGAAAAUCUGAAGCGUGUCACACUUGAGCUCGGAGGCAAGAGCCCUUUGGUGGUCUUCAACGACGCUGAUGUUGAAAAAGCCGCAGCACUCGCGCACAGGGCUGCGUUCGCCAACGGUGGUCAAUGCUGCGUGGCUGGUACCAGGACCUACGUGCAGUCCGGCAUAUACGACAAGUUCGUCGCGAAAGCUGCGGAAAUCGCCAAGAAGAGAACCGUUGGAAAUCCUUACACGGACGUACAACAGGGACCUCAGAUUGACCUAGACAUGUUCAACAAGGUGAUGGGUUACAUUGAUGCUGGCAAGAAGGCUGGCGCCAGGUGCGUGGCUGGUGGUAACCGACAAGGCAAACUUGGCUACUAUGUGGAGCCAACGGUAUUUGCUGACGUCAAGGAUGACAUGAAAAUUGCUCGUGAAGAGAUCUUCGGCCCCGUCCAGAGCAUUCUAAAGUUCGAUACUUUCGAGGAAGUAGUGAACCGUGCCAAUGACACCAACUACGGCUUAGGAGCUGGUGUAAUCACCAAAGACAUCAGCACAGCCCUGGCCUUCGUCAAGCAGGUGCGCGCUGGCACCAUAUGGGUCAACACUUACGAGCACGUAGCUGCCCAGACUCCAUUCGGUGGUUUCAAAGAAUCUGGAAUUGGCCGUGAAAUGGGUGAAGACGGAAUACUGCCAUACUUGGAGAGCAAGACUGUGACCAUAGACCUUCCAAAGAAACCUCUGCUGUAACUCGAAGAUCAAAGUUCUUUCCUAUACUGUAACCUAAGUACUAACCCUGUGCUAAUCAUAUUCGUAACUUGUACUCAUGAAAUAUAUUUAAAUAAAUAAGUGAAACCAUAA